AUGGUAAGAAAGAAGAGGAAACAAGAACGUCGGGAUGACCAACAGGACACUGCGACAAAGAGGAGAAAGGCGAAUGAGCCUUUCGAUGGCCAACAAGACGAGGCGACCAUGGAGGACCAGGUCAAUCAGAUGCAGAGGAACGACCCCGUCGCGAAGAGGCAGUGGCGCCUAUAUUGUGACGUCCUCGGCGACAACCUCUAUGACCCUGCUAAGCACGACAUCACUUUCCUCGAAGACUUCAUCACGCAAUUCAAGGCGGGCGAGCGAUGGGACGACGUGCAGAAAGAAACAGUUAAAUCGAUUGUGGACCAGGUCAAGGAGAUGCAGAGGAGCGACCCCGUCGCCAAGGCGCAGUGGAACUUGUACUGUGAGGUCCUCGGCGAAAACACGAAAGACCCCGCAAAGCUCGACACUACCUCCAUCAGAGACUUCAUCAAGCAGUUUGAAGAAGGCGUGCGAUGGGAUGACCAACAGGACGAGGCGAGCAUGGUCGAACAGAUCAAGAAGAUGCAGAGGAGCGACCCCGCCGCCAAGGCGCAGUGGUACACAUACUGCGAGGUCUUCGGCGGUAACGUCAGAGACCCCGCCAGACACGAGGACGCCUUCCUCAGAGACUUCGCCACGCAGUACAGAAACGGCGUGCGAUGGGAUUACCAGGAGGAGGACGAGGAGGAGGAGAAGGAGGGCGACGCCGAAGAGGCGGCCAGGGACGAGGAGAUGCCAGCGGCGGCGAGGCGCCGGCGGCGGCGAGGCGGCCAGGGCAGAGAGCGCCCGGGCGCGCGGGCGCGGAGCCCGCCGGGGCCGCCGCCCCAAUGGGCGCAGCCGUCGAACAUCUACGCCCGGGAAAUCGACGGUCCUCGGCGGGGCAGGAGCAGGAGCAGGGGCCGCGGAGGCCACAGCGAGAGAGUCCCCUACGGCAAGCCGCCCAGGAGGGGCAUGGACGAGGACGCGUGGCAGCGCCAGCGGGAGGAGAACAACAGGGCCGGGGCGGAGGGGCGCACGCUCUACGCGCGGGGCCUGCCCCCGAGCUGGACCACGGAGAGGCUGGAGGAGUUCUUCGGCCACCAGGGGCGGGUCACGGGCUCCCACCUCCUGCCGAUGAAGCCUGGACAGCCUGGGCGAGCCGCUUUCGUCAACUUCGCGACGGCGGAGGACACCAUCAGUGCGGCCCAGGUGUGCGACUGCUUAAAAAUAGACGAGGACGGCGAACGCUACAACCUUGUCUGCAGCAUCAAGGGCGGCAUAGGCAAGAAGGUGUCGCACGUGUCAGGGUUCUCCGCGCUGUCGCUCGCCAAACAGGAGAAGCGCGCCGCCUACUUCUCCAACAUGCCAGGGGAAUUCGACGAGGAAGCGGUUCGCAUGCUCUGUAGCCCGCACGGCACCGUGCUCGGCGCGCAGAUCUUGAAGAACAAGGCUGGAUUGCCCACCAAGAGCGGUUUCGCCAUCAUGUCUUCCAAGGAAGAGGUCGAGAAGCUGAUCGCCGCACUCGACGGGCAAAUGGUCAACGGGAAGACGCUGACGGUGGCCUUCCCGACGCCGCCCAAGCAGACGCGCAACUCGGGCAGUGUGGACGGCUACUUCAUUGUGGAGGUGCGCGGGCAGCCGCCAGAGGCCACCGCCCUGGACCUCCAGUCGAUCAUGGAGGCGCAGGGCCACAGCGUCCAGACCGUGAAGAUCCAAGAGGGAAGGACGGCCUGGAGGAGUGCCUGGCCCACGCGUAUCCCCUUGCACGCACGCGGAGGCGGAGGCCAUGUGCGCAGCGAUGGACAGGUUUGA